AUGCCGUACGUCCUCAUCAGCACCCAGAUCCGCUUGGAGGUCGGCCCCACCAUGGUGGGUGAUGAGCAUUCGGAUCCCAACCUGAUGAGCUUCCUGGGGGCCACGAAGAGGAACAUGCUGGGGAACCACUUCUGGGAGUACUACGUGAACGAUGCACCCCGUGUUGUCCUCAACAAGCUGGAGAGCCGUGGUUACCGUGUGGUGAGCAUGACCGGCGUGGGGCAGACCCUGGUCUGGUGCCUCCAUAAGGACUAAUGGGGAAGGCUCUGGCAUUGCACCUGGACCGCAUCCUGCUGGGGCUCAUCUGGCACAGGACCGACAGAGAACGUUCCCCUUCAUUCCCUUCUGUCCCAGACUCCAGGCACUCGGCGCAGGGGAGGAGCAGUGACCCAAGGGGACCUUGCUACCCCUGCCCAAGGGGAGGUGAGCCCAGCCCAGUGUAAUCAGCCACAGAAGAGCUGGCUCCAUCUCUGCAUUCAGCUGAAUGGCAAAUACCAUCAUCUGUUCACGUUUUAAUCAUGUCCUCUUCAGCAUGCACUGCAGGGAGCUUGAUCCAGAGCUGUCUGCACCUGAGGGCUGAGCU